ACAAAAACAUUUUUGUGCUGAAUAAUUAUAACAUGACGAUACAGCCGAAAAGAUCGACGAGAUCCAGACUAGAUAUAAGAAAUGAUCGAGUUCCCCGGCCGCUACCAACACGUAAUUACAUCUGCAUCUCUCUUCCUACACGUCUCCUCUCUUCACCCUCACCGUAAAAUCUCUUUCGUGUACACACAUGCAGGUCGAAGAUGAAGGCAGUUAAUAAUGGCGGCGUCGAUCAGUUAAAAUCAAAUGCGUGUCUCAAAACAACUGUAAUUCUCUUCAUUUCACUCACCUUCUUUUACCUAGGUAAAAUCUGGUCACAAAACAACGGUGAUCAGAAGCUAAUUUUCUUCACGACUCAAUCUCUCCUCUCUCCCUCCAAAGUCAUUCUCUCUCCCAAUCUCAACAAACUCUUUGAUCUCUCCGCGAUUAUUAGUAAUGACACGGCGUCCGAUUUCAAAACCCUGGCUCCGGUAUCGCCGCUCUCGGAUGAUUUUGUGGAGAGGAUGGGGGUGUUGGAUGAGGCCGGAGCGAUGACGGAGGAGUUUAGUGUGGGCGAGUUUGAUGCGGAGCUUGUGGAGAAUCGGAGGAGUGGGAAUGAGAGUGAGGUUGGGGUUUUUGAUGGGAGGGUUAGAGUUAAGAGAAUGAAGUUGUGUGAUUGGAGUUUGAGUGAGUAUAUUCCGUGUUUGGAUAAUGUGGAGGCGAUUAGGAAGUUGAAGUCGACCAAGAGAGGGGAGAGGUUUGAGAGGCAUUGUCCCGAGACGAGGUUGAAUUGUUUGGUUAGGACGCCUUUGGGUUAUACGACGACGAUUCCCUGGCCGAGAAGUCGGGAUGAGGUAUGGUUUAGCAAUGUUCCUCAUGCACGUUUGGCUGAAGAUAAAGGCGGUCAGAACUGGAUUCUAGUAGAUAAAGACAAGUUUAGGUUUCCAGGCGGUGGAACACAAUUUAUACAUGGGGCCGAUCAGUACCUGGAUCAGAUUUCCGAGAUGGUUCCUGAUAUUAUGUUUGGAGGUCAUACACGGGUUGCUUUAGAUGUUGGAUGUGGUGUUGCAAGUUUCGGUGCUUUUUUAUUUUCACGGAAUGUUCUUACUAUGUCAGUAGCUCCAAAAGAUGUUCAUGAAAACCAGAUACAAUUUGCAUUGGAACGGGGUGUUCCUGCAAUGGAAGCUGCUUUUGCAACACGGCGUUUGUUAUAUCCUAGUCAGGCUUUUGACCUAAUACAUUGCUCAAGAUGUAGAAUUAAUUGGACACGCGAUGAUGGAAUCUUGCUACUAGAGAUUGACAGAAUGCUUCGGGGAGGAGGUUAUUUUGUUUGGGCAGCACAACCUGUCUAUAAGCAUGAACCAGUUCUACAGAAACAGUGGGAAGAAAUGGUUAGCCUCACUACCCGAAUAUGCUGGAAUCUUGUGAAGAAGCAGGGAUAUAUUGCAAUAUGGCAGAAGCCUGUUAACAACACCUGUUAUCUAAGCCGGGAGCAAGGUACACAGCCACCAUUGUGCGAACCUGAUGAUGAUCCAGAUAAUGUUUGGUACACUGACUUAAAGGCGUGUAUUAGUCCACUACCUAAGACUGGAUAUGGAACUAAAGUUACCAAAUGGCCUGCACGGUUAUAUGAGCCUCCUGACAGACUUCAGAGUAUAAAGAUUGAUGCCUAUUUAUCCAGAAAGGAGCUUUUUAUGGCAGAAUUUAACUACUGGAAUGAGACAAUAGCCAGCAAUAUCCGUGGUUUACACUGGAAAAGGUUCUUACGUAGAAAUGUGCUGGACAUGAAAGCUGGUUACGGAGGAUUCGCAGCAGCAUUAAUAGAAAAUAAUCCGGAUUGUUGGGUUAUGAACGUUGUUCCUGUUAGCGGGCCCAACACCUUGCCUGUUAUAUAUGAUCGUGGACUUCUGGGAGUUAUGCAUGACUGGUGUGAGCCUUUCGAUACUUACCCAAGAACCUACGAUUUCCUACAUGCAUCUGGCCUGUUCUCUAUUGAAAGAAAAAGAUGCAACAUCACUAACAUUAUGUUAGAGAUAGACCGGAUACUAAGACCCUUAGGACGAAUAUAUAUUCAGGAUUCUCUCUCACUUAUGGAUGAACUCCAACAAAUAGGGCGCUCCCUCGGUUGGGGCAUAGCUGUGCGGGAGACAUACGAGGGUCCUUAUGAAAGUUACAGGAUCAUGAUCGGUAAAAAACGCAUGUUAAAGAAAUAAACGAAUGCAAUAGGUUUCCUGCACAGAUUUAUAUUUGGCAUGUGAUGGGAAGAUACAUAGCAUACUCUCUUAAUGCUGCUGUUAUCAUACGUGGAUGAAGAGGUCUGUGAAGUAUCAUAAUCCUGCUGCAAGGCACCGAAGAAACACAAUAGAAACCUCUCCGGUCCGUUAUUCCGUGCACAAUAACUUCCCCUGUUCUUUUUCCCCACCACCUAGCUUGUAAAAUAUCAGUACUAGGCAUAUAUAUUAGCAUGGUAAAGUAAAUUGUUUACCAUCACAAAAAUUUGAUUAUAGGCAACCAUUUUCAGAUCUUUGAUCUCUGAUAGGCACUAGAUAGAGUAGACACCCUUGUAGUCUUGUAACAAUAUUAAUAUCAUGUGAUAUUGUGGAUGAUUUCAA